AUGGCUGCACCCGGCGACAUUGAACAGUUUCUUGAAUUCGUGAAAGCCAGAGUUCACAUGCCGGAUGAUCUCGAAACAAUGGCCGACGUCUUGGAAUUCAUGCGCGAAGGCACAACAUUGAUGGGCCACACCUCGGGACCUCCCGAGAUUGUGGAAAUCAGCAUGCACGAAAAACAAAACGCAAAGACCAACCACACGGAGGCAUACAAGGCCGUCUACGGAGAGUAUCCCUUCGCCGUUCUCCGAAGAGGAAAUGUGUUCAAAGUUGGAAUACGCUUCAACCAGUUCUUCGAGCUGGGAAACGUGCCGCUGCAAGCCAUCUUCAAGUUAGGAGCUAGUCCUUCAGAGAGCGACGGAACCCUGGUGACGCUCACUGCUCCUCACGCGGUCGACCAAGAAGGGAAAGUGCACGAGACGGUCGAUCGCUGGACCAUGUCAGUGAGCUUCCACAACAACGACAUAAUGCUGCUCAAAUUCCGCACUCCGGCCAAGGCCCCGGUGGGUCGUUGGUCGCUGUCAUUCCGCUUAGGCGACGGAAGUGCGACCCCUGCGAAGACGCCCAUUUACAUCAUCUGCAAUCCAUGGCUACCAGAGGACCCCGUGUACCUGAAGGACGAAGCAGAACGAAACUUCUACACCAUGAAGGAGACUGGAGCGUAUUACUACGGCUCUGAAAAGAACUUCGGCCAACGGGAGUGGAACUACGGCCAGUUCGAGAAAGUCACGCUGGCUACGAUCGAGUUUCUCCUCAAAGCAGUGGUCGCCGACGGAGUGCAGCGGUCCGACUGCGUCAGUCUGGUGCGCGCACUGUGCGCGGCGGUGAAAGAUUCGUACUUCCAGAUCAACGUGCAAGACGACCAGGGCCUACUUAUUGGUCGUUGGUCGGACGAUUACAGCGCUGGCACCAGUCCGAGCGUCUGGAGCUCGACCAUGCCCAUCCUCAACAAGUACAUGGAAAGCGGAGGAAACAGCGUUAAGUACGGACAGUGCUUCGUGUUCGCCUCUGCCCUGGUCACUGUUUUGCGGGCGUUGGGCAUACCGAGUCGCAGUGUGAGCAACUUCCCUUCGGCCCACGUCGAAGGAGACGACAUGUCGCUAGACUUCUACUUUGACGAAAAGAACAAGGCCAUUGAAGGAGCCGACAUGGAAUGGUGUGGCCGGCUGAUUCUAACAGAGAAAUUUAACCCAAAUGGCGGCCGACUGCAACCCGACGACAUCACCCACACGUACAAAGGACCAGCGGCACAGCCUCGUGGCGCCACAACGGACCUGAUUCAGGUGCGGCUGGAGCACGAGAAACUGGUGCCCGUCGGCCAGUCGGGACGGGUUCUCUGCACGAUCACCAACAACGACCUGGAGGAGCACCGCGUGGGUCUAGCGCUUACCGCCUACUCGGCACCAUACAGUAACGUCAGACCUAACGCACUCGUCAGCGCCCAGCGGGACUUUUGCCUGCAAGCGGGCUCAUCUGACGCGCUGGAGCUACUCAUCUCACCCGAAUGCUACGUGUCCAAGCUGUGCCCUGAAGGUAUGAUUCUCUUGGAGGCUGUCGCCACAUACGGAAAUGAUUUUACCACUGCCAGAAGCAACUUGGCUAUCCAGAUGCCCCAGCUGGAGAUUCAGGUCUCACGCAAGGAGACUCCCGUGGGCGCUCUGGCGUAUAAGCUGACGAUGAAAAACCCGCUCAACGUGGCGCUCAGCAAUUGCGAGCUCACUGUCGAGCUACCGGGGUCAACUGCCUUCCUGGAAAAGAUCGCACUCAAAAAUGUGCCUCCACGUGGAACGUUCGAGAAGGAAGGCGUCCUCUUCGUCACCUCGCCUGACACCCGGCGCCUUGUGGCGACGUUUAUGUCUGCGCAGUUGCCUAUCGUGAACGCGACCAAGAAUUUCUAG